AAUUCUAUCCGCAAGGUGGCAACGCACGUCUCGUUGUUGUUUUUAUCGCGCACUCGGUCUCGUGGCGAAGGAGAAACUUAACAGUGCGGAAAUCUAAAUAUGAACAAAAUAACAAAACCUAAGCUGGUUAAGAUCAGGAGUGUCAACCAAGCCAAAAAAUACGGAAUUGCGGCUGUUACACUAAAAGAUCUGGUUAAAAAAGGAUGUCAUUUGCUAAAGAUAUCCAGUCCGUGUGUUCAGAUCUGCUUAUACGAGGAUGGGACAAUAGUAACCGAAGAGUAUUUCCAAAAUCUUCCAGAUAAUACAGAACUUGUUUUCCUUACGGAUGGUCAGAGCUGGAAUGGAUUUGCUUUUGAAAUAAAUCAAGUCCUUGGUUUGGACACACACACAGACCUACUGAUCAGUGCAGCAAAGGAUCUUCUCUCGGAUGAGCAUUCUCCCAAAAGGCGCAGAAUACUGGGAGACCUUCUAAGGAAUCUGAAGGACAAUUCAGAUUUGGAGAGCAGAGAAAAAGAUAAGGAAUGGUUUGAAGGUGUUGAUGUCCGGUUUAAGACCAAGUGUGCUUACAUGAAAUAUAACUGUGAGAGCAGAAUUCGGGGAUAUUUGAAAGAGGUUGAUGGAUACACCCAGACUAUUCAGAAUGCCAAGGCAAAAAAUGAAUACAAAAAGGUGGUAGAAAUCCUGGCUGAGAAACUGAAGUCUGUGCGGUACCAUGGUGUCUAUUUUGACAGGUCGGAGAAUGAGGCCCACAGACUCUGUACUGAAGAAGGCUGGUUCUCGUGCCAGGGUGCCUUUGAUGAGAACGAGUGCACAUUUUUCCACUCAAUAAACCCGUACGGGAACCGCGAGAGCAGGAUCCUCUUUAGCACCUGGAAUCUGGACCACCUAAUUGAAAAGAAGAGAACUGUCAUCCCCACUCUCGCCGAAGCACUGAAGGGUAAAAAGAGCAGUGAUAUAAACCUGGAUUAUUUCUACAAACUCCUGUUCACACAAGAGAAUCUCAAACUGGUUCACAUCGUCUGCCAUAAGAAAGGGGCCCAUGAGCUCAGUUGUGACUCCAGAAAAAUCUACAAACGGGUCAAGAGGACUGUGAAAUGAACAUGAUAUACAUAAUCCUCUUAUGAAAUAUGCAGCUUAGUAUAAACGUUUCAGCUUUGGUGAAUCAAAAGUACUAAGCUACUCAGGGCCAUGUUUUUCUUUUUAUCAUCAUUUGACUAUAUCAUGCUUCAAGUAUGCACAUUUUUAAGUUGAAAAUUUAGUUUCAGGGUUACACUUUACAAUAAGGUUCCAUUUGUUAAUAUUAGUUAACAUGAAUUAACAAUGAACAGCACUUUUACAGCAUUUAUUUAUCUUAAUGUUACUUUCAACAUGUACUAAUAAUUUUUUUUUUAAAUCAGUAGUUGUGUUUGUCAACAUUUGUUAAAGCACUUAUUGUAAAGUGUUACCAGUUUCAGUUCCAUACAAAAGCAACAUUUCUCUUAAUAGAUAACUGAAAAACUUUUUCAGGGUUUUAUAACUGUGACUGAUUUUAUAUUUGUAUAUUCAGAUUUUUAAUUAAAGAACUGGAAGUG